UCGCAUUCUCACACAUCAAACGAAAGCUCUUUCUCUCUCUAGCUGUUUAGCUUCUCUUCUUCUUUCUCGGUUGAGUCGUUGCCGGCGCUUCUGUAGCGAUGUCCACGGCGGUGCUCCCGCUCCCAAAGGAGGUCGCAGCAUAUUCAUCUCACACUCUUCCUCCAUCGAAGAAACCCUCGAAGCGAAAACCGUCCAAGUCUCGGCCCUCCCCUGUCCUGGCCGCGGAUAAAUCUUCUGGCUGGAAGAGUCCCAACCUAUUACGUCAUCCGGAUUCGCCGAUUUUGGCUACGAAGAUUAUACGGUCCAACGUGCGGAAGUCGGAUUCCAAAGAUCUUGUCAUGGAGGAGGUGAAGAUUCUGAAGCGAGGGGAGGCGUUGCGACCGCUUCUCCCUCCACUUUCCUCCGGGGAAGGCAUGGAAAGUUUUAUUCCGUGCUUGACUGAUCGAUUGGGACCAGAUCCGAAGGUUGUUCCAAAACCCUCCGUGUCGGCCUAUGCUGGCCCGGCCUACGUCUCGUCUCCUUCUCCUAGUUCUCUUCCUGUUCCUUUCUUUUUGAACAAAGCUGCUUCAAGAUAUGAUGAUAUAGCCACUAGAACUAUCCUAUACCUCCUUCGUCUUGACGCCAGCCUCUGAUGUAGAUGACAAAUCCAUUGUUGGAUUUCCUCAGUCCGUCGAUCUUCCUCUAUUUUUUCAAAAGGAAGAUGCCGGGUUUGAAGAAUCAGGCACUAGAUAUCUGUGUAGCAUGUUUAUGGGCGAUGGUCUCUGAUGGGAGUUUCUUUGCAUGCUGUAUGUGUCGUCGCUAUCACCUGAUUGAUGGUUACUGUUAUUAGUUUGUAUUACGUAUGGGUUCCAGAAAGAUGAUUUUCUUGUUUACUAGGUUUUAAAUCUGGAUUCUAGGUUUGGUUGGUCGUUGUUCAUCUAGUUUCAUAUAUGUCGAUAUAUCUAUUUAUCAGCCAAUAAAAUGAUGUUAUGCGUUGUCUAUUGUUUA